AUAUGUGAAAGUAUUUAAUCUGUAGACAAAUUAUUCAAUUACUCAACAGAGAAGAACAGGGGAUUCAGUUGAUUAGAUUUCUUUCGGACAAAAAAAAUGGCAGGAACAAUGCGAUGUCAUUAUGAAGUUCUUGGUGUGGAGAGAAAUGCUACAAGUGAUGAGAUGAAGAAAGUGUACAGAAAACUGGCUCUUAAAUGGCAUCCAGAUAAAAAUCCAGAUAAUGUAGAAGAGUGCACAAUACAGUUCCGAGCCAUUCAGCAGUCGUACGAAGUCCUGAGUGAUCCUCAGGAGAGGGCGUGGUACGAUAAACACAGAGAACAGAUUCUACGAGGGGGAAUGGGACAGGGAGAUAAAUAUGAGGACAACAGUUUGGAUGUAUUCCAAUACUUCAACUCCUCCUGUUACAGCGGCUUCUCUGAUGAUGACAAGGGUUUCUAUGCCGUGUAUCGAGUGGUGUUUGAUCUGCUGGCAGAGGAAGACUAUGAGUUUAUGGACGAUAAAGAGAGUGAUCAGGAAAUCCCGGGAUUUGGAAAAAGUGACAGUCCUUAUGACACAGUGGUGAAGCCAUUUUAUGAUUAUUGGGAGAACUAUUUCACUGCUAAGUCUUACGUAUGGGCAGAAAAAUAUGACACAAGAGAGGCACCUGAUCGUAGAGUGCGCAGGAUCAUGGAGGCGGAGAAUAAAAAGUUACGAGAUGCAGCUCGAAAAGAAAGAAAUGAGGAAGUCAGGGCUUUGGUCCGAUUUGUGAAGAAGAGAGAUCGCAGAGUACAAGCUUACAGGAAAUUAAUGGAGGAGAGAAAUGAAGAGAUUGCCCAGAAAGCCAAGGAAAAAAGAGAGCAGCAUCUUAAAGAGAGGCAGAGACUGGUGGAGAAUUAUGAAGAAACAGGUUGGUCAGCCAUGACUGAGCUAGAGGACGAUCUGAAGAGAUUGGAGACAGAACUGGGUGACCAUUUUGAAGAUGACAGAGCUUUGAACACAGAUGAAGAAGAGGAGGAGGAUUAUGUAGAUGAACUUUUCUGUGUGGCAUGUAACAAAGCUUUCAAAAGUGAGAAGGCUUUUGUUAACCAUGAGAAAUCAAAGAAACACAAGGAGAAUGUAGCGGCUCUACAGGAGGACAUGAGGAGAGAGGAUGAGGAUCUAGUGGGAGUGGAUCCAAACAUUCCAGGAGUGGGGGAGGAUCCAGACAUUGAGAGUCCAGAGGAAGAAUCUCCGUCCAAACAGAAAUUAUCAAAGAAACAAAAGAAGAAGAAGAAACAACAAAAUUUGAUACCUCAGGAUGUAGAAGAUCUAAAUAACAUUGUAGACAAUCUAGAACUGAAUGACGCUCCAGCUAAACAGAGCACAAAGUCCAAAAAAGAAAGAAGAAAAGAAAAAGAGGCAAGAAUGAGAGAGGAGAAGGAGGCAGAGAAAGCUUUGAACCAAGAAAGUCAGGAAGAGGACCGACUCCUAAACCAGGAACCGGAAUCUGCUGCCGAGAGACUGGCAGGAACCGGACCGGAGGACAUUUCUACCUCAAAACCAGUCAGUAGUACAGAGUCAACAAACAGAAAGGGAAAGAAUAAAACACAGGCUGAUCUGGAGAUGAAAUGCAAUGUGUGCCAAGAAGUAUUUCCGACUCGGAACAAACUGUUUACACACAUAAAGGAACAAGGGCAUGCUCUGAGAGUGGAACAGCCUCCGUCAUCAAAUCAGGGGAAGAAAAAGAAAAACAAGAAAUAAUGAAGAAAGAAAUUAGUCAUUAUUAGUAGAAGUGAAGAGAACUGUGAUUGAUCUCAGUUGUGAUAAUUAAUGUCUCCAAACAAUUCCAACAUUGAGGAUAAUCUGGCCCCAAGGCCAUUAACUGAGUUAAUAAAAAAAAAUUUGAUAUUCAAAAUUUCCAUCCUGUGCUUAGAUUUGAAUAUACAAAUACAAACAUGUGGUCUUAUUAAUCUGUAUGCAAAAUAAUAAUCAAUGAUAUUAAGAAACAAAACUUAAGUCUGCUUCCAGUUUAUGGCCUUGAGGCCAGAUUUUGUGAAUUGCACCAUCUU